CAGCGCGAGCCGCUCAUCCAAAGAGAGGCCGGGCUCUGGCCCUGCCUCCCCAGCAGCGCUGUAUAAAAGCUUGGCUCUUUGCAAGAACCUCCUCUCGAGCCCCAGCUCCUCUCCUCCCACAGCCUCAGCUCACGGCUUUCGCCUCCCCGAGGGCUGCACAGGACACCAUGGUGCGGCGCGUGGCCGUGGUGGGCGCGGGUAUCAGCGGGCUGGCGGCCACCAAGUGCUGCCUGGAAGAGGGGCUGGAGCCCACCUGCUUCGAGAGGAGCGAGGACAUCGGCGGGCUGUGGCGCUACACGGAGCAUGUGGAGGAAGGCAGGGCAAGCAUCUACCGCACCGUCUUCACCAACUCGUGCAAGGAGAUGAUGUGCUACCCCGACUUCCCCUUCCCCGAGGACCACCCCAACUACAUGCACAACGCCCGGCUCCAGCAGUACAUCCGCGACUACGCCAAGCACUUCGACCUGCUGCGGCACAUCCGCUUCAAGACCGUGGUCACCAACAUAAGGAAGCGCCCUGACUUUUGUGCUACGGGGCAGUGGGAGGUGGUUACGCAGAGAGAUGGGAAGGAAGAGACGGCUGUUUUUGACGCUGUGAUGAUUUGCUCUGGGCAUCACAUCUACCCAAACCUCCCCCUAGACCACUUCCCAGGUAUAGAGAAGUUUAAAGGCUGCUACUUGCACAGCCGGGAGUACAAGGAGCCAGAGAAGUUCAGAGGGAAGAAGGUGCUGGUGGUCGGCUUGGGCAACUCCGGCUGUGACAUUGCCGUGGAGCUCAGCACCGUGGCCUCACAGGUUUACCUGAGCUCACGAAGCGGGUCCUGGGUGUUGGGCCGCAUCUGUGACCACGGCUACCCCUGGGACAUGGUGAUCAUCACCCGCUUUCGGACGUGGCUGGACAGCAUCCUCCCCAAGUCAGUCAGCGACUGGCUGUACGUGAGGGGCAUGAACCAGCUCGUAAAGCACGAGAACUUUGGCCUCAUGCCGGUCAACAGAACAUCCCGCAAGGAGCCGGUGCUCAAUGACGACCUCCUGAGCCGCAUCACCUGUGGCGUGGUGUUGAUCAAGCCAGAUGUGAAGGAAUUCAGAGAAACGUCCGUCGUUUUCCAAGAUGGGACCGUGCAGGAUGAUGUGGAUGUGGUUGUCUUUGCCACGGGUUACACUUACACCCACUCUUUCAUGGAGGAUGAAUCCAUCAUCAAGAGCAGGAACAACGAGGUCACUCUCUACAAGAGCAUCCUCCCCCCUCACCUGGAGAAGCCAACCAUGGCAGUCAUCGGGCUGGUCCAGUCCUAUGGGUCUGCCAUCCCGACAGCGGACCUCCAGUGCCGCUGGACGAUCAAGGUGUUCCAGGGUCAGUGCACCCUCCCGCCCGUCAGCAAGAUGAUGGAUGACAUAGAUGAGAAGAUGAGGAUGAAGCUCCAGUGGUACGGGAGCAGCACCACGCUGCAGACCGAUUAUAUCACCUACAUGGACGAGCUGGCCUCAGCCAUCGGCGCGAAGCCCAACGUGCUCAAGCUCCUGGUGACGGACCCGCGGCUGGCCCUGGAGGUCUUCUUCGGGCCCUGCACCCCCUACCAGUUUCGGCUGACGGGGCCGGGGCGGUGGAGCGGGGCCAGGAGAGCCAUCCUCACCCAGUGGGACAGGAUGCUGCGGCCCACGAGGACGCGCAUAGCCCCUGACGCCCCCAGCCUCUUCCCCAUCUCGGCCAUGCUGGGGGUGCUCUUCCUCCCGCUCCUCCUCCUCCUCGCUCUACUCUACUGGUAGGGGAGCGAUGCAGGCGCACCAAGUGGGGUUUGUGCACGGGAUGCUUUCUCCUGCUGGCCACGCAGGGAAAUGUGUGCUGCUGCUUGGCUCGUUACCCAGAUAAUUCAUCAAGAGUUUCCUUUAAAAGU